CUUUUUUUUGUAGUCUUGCCUUUUGAGUCCAAGCCAUGAGUUGGAUGUUCCUGAGAGAUCUCCUAAGUGGAGUCAAUAAAUACUCAACUGGGAUCGGGCGGAUCUGGCUGGCUGUCGUGUUCAUUUUCCGUUUGCUGGUCUACAUGGUGGCAGCUGAGCACGUGUGGAAAGAUGAGCAGAAAGAAUUUGAGUGCAACACUAGACAGCCUGGUUGUGAAACUGUGUGCUUUGACUACUUCUUCCCCGUGUCCCAAGUCAGACUUUGGGCCUUACAACUAAUCCUGGUCUCUACACCUUCACUUCUGGUGGUCCUGCAUGUGGCCUAUCGUGAGGGCAGAGAGAAAAAGCACAGAAAGAAACUCUACGUCAGCACAGGCAUGAUGGAUGGGGGCCUGUGGUAUACUUACCUCAUCAGUCUCAUCGUGAAGACUGGCUUUGAACUCGGUUUUCUGGUUUUAUUUUACAAGCUCUAUGAUGGCUUCACCGUUCCCUGCCUGUUAAAGUGUGACCUAAAGCCUUGCCCCAAUGUUGUGGACUGUUUUGUCUCCAAACCCACAGAGAAAACCAUCUUCAUCUUCUUCCUAGUCGUUGCCUCAUGCCUGUGUAUUUUACUGAAUCUGAUUGAACUGAGUUUUUUGUUUCUGAAAUCCUUUAUUAAGUGCUGUCUCCAGAGGUAUUCUAGAAGGUUCAAGUCCUCAGUAUGUGAGUGCCACAACCUGAGACCUGCAGAAUGGGGAGAGUUGGGGGCCCCUCCCCCACUCCAGAACCAUCAUUCAGACCCAGCCACAAACACACCCCAGUGUUGUGAGACAAAGCCACUCUGUGAGACACAAGAGGCCUAAAGGGGAAAAAAAAUCAAUAACCUAGUCUGGAUUCUGCAAAACAAAGGGAGGAAAUGAAAGUUUUCAAUUAUGCUCAAUUACUUUUUCAAUUAUUCUCUCGCUGUGUUUAUUAGACAGAGGUCUCAUUGUUUUGUCGGAUACCAGGCUCAUAACGAUACCUGUGCUGUGGUUGAACAGUGCAUUGCAAACCUGUCUGAAGAAACCCAGCAGGUCUGUCAGGUGGGAAAGUAAAAAGGUGAGAAAUCCCAGCUGGAACAAUAGCACAGCGCGUCGGGUGUUUGCCUUGCACGCGCUGACCCGGGUUUGAUUCCCAGCAUCCCAUAAGGUCUCCGGAGCACUGCCAGGUGUGACCCAAAAAGGGGGAAAAUAAAAGUGAGAAAUCUGGCUUCCCAGCUGCAAAGGAGACAAUGCAAAUCUUUCCAAAGUGUUAGUCAAACCAAGUCCCCCACACUCCCACCACCCUUUGAAUCCUAGUUGAAUUUUGUAGACAAACACAGCACAUUGAGUGUAGAGGGGUAGCAACUAACUCUGCACAGAAUGGCUUGGUCUGGGGAAAGACAAUCAAGCCCAAACUAUUUGGUUAGUAAGCUCUGCAAGUGACAAAAGGGCAAAAGGGAGAAAAGUCAUUGUUCCACUAGUCUUGAAGAUAAGUACAAAUAUUACUCGAGGAUAUGCCACGUAAGUCUCAACUAGUAGGUAUCUGAAAGGGUGAUUCCAGAGACAAGGCAGGUGCAACGGAGAGCAGCACAUUGAUCACAAGCAGGAUAGAACUCAGAAAGUGCCCACUUGAUAAUGACUUAACACUCCCUUUGCCACAAAACAUGAACUCUGCAAACUUCUAAAGACUGUUUUUCUGUUAGGAAUUCACAAUGUAUGUAUUAUGUCAUGAUUUGCCUAUAUCUCUAGUAUGGCUUUUUUUUCCAGGACAAAAAAAUUAAAUGUAGACUAUUGCUAUUACAUUGAUGUAAAAAUGUUUUUUAAAAUAUUUUUAUCACUUGAAGAUUGUGGCUUUUGCAUUUCCAUUAAAAACAAUUCUCAUUAAAAAAGUCUACAGAUUUCGAAACGACAUCUGCACAUGUAUGUUCAUCGCAGCACUGUUUACAAUAGCCAGAAUCUGGAAAAAACCUGAAUGCCCCAGAACGGAUGACUGGUUGAGGAAACUUUGGUACAUCUAUACAAUGGAAUACUAUGCAGCUGUUAGAAAAAAGGAGGUCAUGAAUUUUGUAGUUAAGUGGA